UGCAGCGGGGGUGCCGCAUGAGCAGGGGGUCUUACAGCAGGCGCUACUUUAAAAGCCCACUCUGAAGAUGCUCCAUGUCCACUGAACAAGACCGUCUUACUGGUGUGUGUCUUGUGCGCAACUUUCCCAACUAGUUUUAAAAUUAACAGCUUUAACAGACUAGAAACCAACUUUAAAACGGACUGCGUGCGUAAUUUCGACCAUUUCUUUGGGACCUCACCGACCAAUGUGGCUUCUUGGAUCACCUUCCCAGCUGAUGAUGAUGGAUGAGCGCCUGUCUCCCUCCACACGAUCCAUCCAGAGCCCGGGGAACCCGUCCACAGUCCACAGCAUAGAGGCCAUACUGGGAUUUAAAGAGGACACCAUCUUCCACAAAUCAACCUCCUACAGUAUGACGGAUAAAGUCCUGGUUAAAGAUGCUGAGCGCAACGGGGAUGUAACAGUGACCCCGAUGAAGAAAAGUCAUCACUACUCAGAAAGUUUUGACAGUGUGUGUUGUGCCAGCGGAACCGGAGAAGCGUCGGUGUGUCCGGACUCACCGGACAGAGACGGCAAACUGUCCGAUGAUGAAAACCCGAAGAAGAAACACCGUCGGAACCGGACCACAUUCACAACCUUCCAGCUGCACGAAUUGGAGCGAGCUUUCGAGAAGUCGCACUACCCGGACGUGUACAGCAGGGAGGAGCUGGCUCUGAAAGUCAACCUGCCGGAGGUCCGAGUCCAGGUGUGGUUUCAAAACCGGCGGGCCAAAUGGCGUCGGCAGGAGAAGCUGGAGGUGAGCUCCAUCAAGCUCCAGGACACCUCCUCCUCCUCUCUGCUCUCCUUCAGCCGCUCUCCCACCAACUCCCUGGGCUCCGGCCUGCAGCUGGACCCCUGGCUCACCACCCCGAUCACCACCUCCACCUCCCUGCAGUCCCUCCCGGGCUUUAUUGGCGGCUCGCAGGGCCUCCCGGGCACUUACACCCCUUCACCUCCCCCCUCCAUGCCCUCUUCUUUGCCUUUCCUCAACUCCCCGGCCCUGGGACACAGCCCUCACCUGCCCCACAUCGGCUCUAUGUGCCCCCCACCCCCGGCGUACCAGUGCUCAGCUGAUCCAAGGAACUCCAGUAUUGCCUCACUGAGGAUGAAGGCCAAGGAACACAUUCAGUCUAUUGGGAAGACGUGGUGAUGCUGAGUGGAGGUUCAGAUCACAUCUGCCGCGUCUUUUGAAAAACUGACUUCAUCCUCAUGCUGAUGGGAUUGUUUAAUUUUGGAAGAACUACAGCUGACAUCCAGGAUUAGAGUCAUCCUGAUCACUUAUACGGAGAGGCUGUGACACCAACUGUGAAAAGUCCUGUAAAAUAUGAAACCAUUGACUACUCUGUUACUUUCUAGUUCUCUGGUGUUUUUCUUUAUGUUCUCUGCAAACUCUUUUUACUGUUAAGUUUCACAUUCAUUCAGCCCAGUCUCAUUUUUAUCCGAUGUUAUGUUGCCAAUAUAACAGAGUCCUUUAGCACCCAUCAGUAUUUAUUUUACUCUUAUAAAUGGAGCACUCCUCAUUGUGAUUCAUUCUGCCUUGCUGGUUUUUUAUCCAAG